GCCUCUAAAACGAGUCUCCCUGAGGAGAGAGAGGAGGGGGGCCCUGCCUCUAAAAUGAGUCUCUCUGGGGAACAUGACAUCAAACCUAAGAGCGCCCGGCCCGGGAUUCGAACCAGCCACCCUUCGGUCACAGCUCCAACUCCAACCUGAGUUAAUCUUCAGAAAUAAGCAUGAGUUAAUCUGUCAAAAUGAAGACAAAAUGCUAUGCAUACAUGGUAUCACUUGUUAUGCAUAAUUAUCAUACAUAACUCAUCGCCAAAAGCACAAGACAUACUGUUGCAUGUAGGUCUAUAUUAUUAAUGGGUUGAUCACAUAGAAAUAUAAAAACAUUAUUUUUAACUACUGCAAUGCAAUUACAUGUGGCGCAGGAACCACUGACUCACUGCAUUAUUCUAUAGUAUUAUCAAGACACCUGCUGUUAACUCUUAACUACUUAGGACACCUGCUGUUAACUCUUAACUACUUAGGACAGCUCACGAGGUGUCCUAAAUAUCUACUGACUAGGUGGGUAGGUAAUUUAGGCAAUGGGUAGGUAACUAGGUCAUUUAUACCCAUAAGUGUAAAAUGUCUUUAUUCUCAGCACUUAUACGACCAAUUUUCUACUCAGACACUUUGGCCAUAUGGACCCAGAUCUCAACAUAUUGUCAUAAAAAAACUGAAUGUUUGAUCUCAAAAUGUUAUAAUUUUGUAAAAAUGUUUGUUAAACAUAAUAAUAAAAAAUGAAUAUUACUAAUGUAACCCACUGUAAAGACUGGGUUUAGUUGAUUGUGUUGCACUGAUCAUGUCCGCGUUCUGGAACUGUCCGCGUCCACGUUCGGUGUGGAUAUUGUCCGGUUACGCGCAGAGUGGACUGAGGUGAUGUUGGGGAAUAACGACAGAGUUUGUUUUAGUGUUGAGACACCGAAGUUUAUUGUUCAAUUUGCUUUUUUCUUUACGGUGAGGGACAUUAUGAGUGUAGCCAGAUCCUUUUCACUCUCUAUCCUCGUUUCAUUUUGUGGUUCACCGGAUUCAUCAUCGAGACGAGGGACAGACGAACGACCUGCUAACUAACCAAGCUAGUCGGUACAGCUCGUCCAAUCAAGCAGGAGAGACCAGCCUCCCCUGUUCCCAGCUGUGUGUCCAUGAAGAGUGACCAGUCUAUGGAACCUCCUCUAACCUUUAGAGAGGGAGACUUUUCUACUGAACAAAGAAACCAACAGGAGAGAUCGGAGUCAGAGAUUCUCAGUGGUCAGUCUUCCCAGAGUCAUCAAACAGACCUGGACUCCAUAUUCAGUAUGCUUGAAGAUAAAAUUAUGACAUUUGUGAAGAACGAGCUGAAGAUGUUCAAGAGGAUUCUUAGUCCAGAACUCCCAGAAGGCUUUGAGAGUCAGAAGCAGGAUAAGGAAGUGGUGGAUGCUGAAGAUGAGAAGCAGGAGAGCAGUGCCAGAGAGGGGGCUCUGAAGAUCACACUGCACAUCCUGAGGAAAAUGAACCAGAAGGAGCUUGCUGACACACUGGAGAAAUAUCCAGAUGAUCCUGCUGUGAUUUGCCAACGUGAACUCAAAUCUAAUCUAAAGAAGAAGUUUCAAUGUGUAUUUGAGGGGAUCGCUGAACAAGGAAACCCAACACUUCUCAAUAAGAUCUACACAGAGCUCUACAUCACAGAGGGUGGAACAGGAGAGGUCAAUAAUGAACAUGAGCUGAGACAGAUUGAGACAACAACCAGGAAACAAGCAAGACCAGAGACUGCAAUCAAAUGUAACGACAUCUUCAAACCCUUAACUGGACAAGACAAACCUAUCAGAACUGUGCUGACAAAGGGAGUCACUGGCAUUGGAAAAACAGUCUCUGUGCAGAAGUUCAUUCUGGACUGGGCUGAAGGAAAAGCAAAUCAGGAUGUCCAAUUUGUAUUUUCAUUCCCUUUUCGGGAGCUGAAUUUGAUGAAAGGGGACAAACACACUUUCAUUGAACUUCUUAAUCACUUCUCAAUGGAAACCAAACAAUCAAGAAUCUCAAACUACGACAAGUACAAAGUUCUGUUCAUCUUUGAUGGUCUGGAUGAGUGCCGACUGCCCCUAGACUUCCAGAAGAACAAGAUCUGUUGGGACGUCACAGAGUCAACCUCAGUGGAUGUUCUGCUGACAAAUCUCAUCAAGGGAAAUCUGCUUCCCUCUGCUCUCCUCUGGAUAACUACCCGACCUGCAGCAGCCAAUAAGAUCCCUUCAGGGUGUGUUGACCAGGUGACAGAGGUACGAGGGUUCAAUGACCCACAGAAGGAGGAGUACUUCAGGAAGAGAUUCAGGGAUGAGGACCUGGCCAGCAGAAUCAUCUCACACAUAAAGACAUCAAGGAGCCUCCACAUCAUGUGCCACAUUCCAGUCUUCUGUUGGAUUUCUGCAACAGUCCUUGAGCACAUGCUGGAACAUAAGAGAGAAGAGAUGCCCAAGACUCUGACUGAGAUGUACACACACCUUGUGGUGUUUCAUAUCAAACAGAAGAAUGAAAAGUAUCUUGGGAACGAAGAGACAGGUCCACACUGGAAUAAAGAGAGCAUUCUGUCACUGGGGAAACUGGCUUUUCAACAGCUUGUGAAGGGCAAUCUGAUUUUCUAUGAAGAAGACCUGAAAGAGUCUGGCAUUGAUGUUAAUGAAGCCUCAGUGUACUCAGGAUUGUGCACACAGCUCUUUAAAGAGGAAUGUGGGCUGUACCAGGACAAGGUGUACUGCUUUGUUCAUCUGAGCAUUCAGGAGUUUCUGGCUGCUGUAUAUGUGUUCCUCUCAUUCAUCAACAACAAUGAGAAUCUAAUGGAUGAACUGCAAACAAAAGACAAGUCUGUAGUUACUUUCUACAAGAGUGCUGUGGAUAAAGCCUUACAAAGUGAGACGGGAAACCUGGACCUUUUCCUCCGCUUCCUUCUGGGCCUCUCACUGGAGUCCAAUCAGAAGCACUUACGAGGUCUACUGACAAAGACAAGAAGCUGCUCACAGAGCAAUGAAGACACAGUCGAGUACAUCAAGGAGAAGAUCAGGGAGAAUCCCUCUCCAGAGAGGAGCAUCAAUCUGUUCCACUGUCUGAAUGAACUGAAUGACCAUUCUCUAGUGGAGGAGAUCCAAAGAUACCUGAGUUCAGGAAGUCUCUCUGAAGCCAAACUGUCACCUGCACAGUGGUCAGCUCUGGUCUUUGUGUUGCUGACUUCAGAAAAGGAGCUGGAUGUGUUUGACCUGAAGAAAUACUCCAGAACAGAGGAAGGUCUUCUGAGGCUGCUGCCAGUGGUCAAAGCCUCCAGAGCUGUUCUGCUGUCAGGCUGUGGAGUCACAGAGGAAGGCUGUGCUUCUCUGGUCUCAGCUCUGGAGUCAAACCCCUCACACCUGAGAGAGCUGGAUCUGAGUAACAAUGACCUGAAGGAUUCAGGAGUGAAGCUGCUCUCUGCUGGACUGGGGAAUCCCCACUGUAAACUGGAGACUCUGAGGCUGUCACGCUGUCUAGUCACAGAGGAAGGCUGUGCUUCUCUGGUCUCAGCUCUGAGGUCAAACCCCUCACACCUGAGAGAGCUGGACCUGAGCUACAAUCACCCAGGAGACUCAGGAGUCAGACUGCUCUCUGCUGGACUGGAGGAUCCACACUGCAGACUGGAGAAACUCAAUGUGGAACAUGGUGGAGAGUACACAAUGAAACCUGGGCUUAGAAAAUAUGUCUGUGAUCUCACACUGGACCUAAACACAGUAAACAGACUCCUCUCUCUGUCUGAGGGGAACAGAAAGGUGACAUGUAGGAGAGAGGAGCAGCCGUAUCCUGAUCACCCAGAGAGAUUUGAGGACUGUGAACAGGUGCUGUGUAGAGAGGGUCUGACUGGGCGCUGUUACUGGGAGGUAGAGUGGAGUGGGAGAAGGGCUGAUAUAGGAGUGACAUAUAAAGGAAUCAGCAGGAGAGGAGGGGUUAAGGACUGUUAUCUUGGAUGGAAUGACAAGUCCUGGAGUCUGAACUGCUCUGACAACAGUUACAUUGCCUGGCACAAUAAUAAUCCCACUACCAUAGAUGUCCCCUCCUCCAGCCCCCACAGAGUAGGAGUGUAUCUGGACUGGCCAGCCGGCACUCUGUCCUUCUAUAGAGCCUCCUCUGACAUACUGACCCACCUGAUCACAUUCACCUCCACAUUCACUGAGCCCAUCUAUCCAGGGAUUCAUAUUUGGUAUGAUGGCGACUCAGUGUCUCUGUGUCAAACACAACAUGAUGUUUCACUCUAAUCAGGGUCAUGUUCAGUAUGACACACUGGCAAACAAUGUAGAAUAUCUCUCUAGUGUGUUAACCUCUCUAUCCAGGGUGUUUGGUAUGAAUAUCUCUCUAGUGUGUUAACCUCUCUAUCCAGGGUGUUUGGUAUGAAUAUCUCUCUAGUGUGUUAACCUCUCUAUCCAGGGUAUGACUCCUCUUCAGUGUCCCUGUGUCAAACACAACAUGAUGAUUCAAUCUAUUCUUUUGUGUUUAUUUAACCUUUAUUUAACUAGACAAGUCAGUUAAGAACAAAUUCUUAUUUUGCAAUGACUUCCUUCCCCGGCCCAACCCUCCUCUAACCCAGAUGAUGCUGGGCCAAACCCUCCCCUAACCCAGAUGAUGCUGGGCCAAACCCUCCCCGAACCCAGACGAUGCUGGGCCAAUUGUGUUGCCUUUCCCGAUCGUUAUUGUUUCUGUUGAGAUACAGCCUGGGAACGAACCAGGGUCUGUAGUGACACCUCUAACUCUGAGAUGCUGUGCCUUAGACCGCUGCACCACUCAGGAGCACUUGGGUGUGUUACCUUUGACUUUACCAGUAAUUUACUGAUGUAAUGGAACACUGAUGUAAUGGAACACUGAUGUAAUGGAACACUAAGUGGUCUGAAGGGGAUGCUAUGCUACAUCUGUAUGUUAAACCCUUUACUGGGAAGUUGAGUCUGAGUCUCAUUAGUUGUCUGAAGGGGAUGAGAUGCCAACAUAUUUAUCUCUCAUACAUCCCACUUAUACUUGGAGCACAGUGUCGACCACAGGCCCUGGAGCAGUGUAGUGCCCUGCUCAACCACACUGUCAUUGGUGUGUGUGUGGUGCAGGUAAGACAUCUUUCUACUGAUAAUUAGUAUUCCUCAUCACUGUCUCUAUUCCCCUGUGGCUCAGUUGGUAGAGCAAGGGGUUAGCAACAUCAGGGUUGUGGGUUUGACUCCCACAGGGGACAAGUACUAAAAUGUAUCACUAACUACUGUGAGUUGUGCUGGAUAAGAGCUUAUGAUGAAUGACUGGAAUAUAUCAUGUAUUUACUUCCUGUUUAUUUCCAUGGUAACAGAAUGUAUCUCUCGAUGUAGCCAUAGUUUUCUUUAUUUCCAUGGUAACAAAAUGUAUCUCUCUUGAUGUAGCCAUUGUAUUUUUGUUUUUUCCAUGGUAACAGAAUGUACAGUUGGAAUCUGAAGUUUACAUACACUUAGGUUGGAGUCAUUAAAACUUGUUUUUCAACCCA